GUGUGACUCUGUUAUGAUGUUGGGAAAAUGAAACCUAAUGAAACAGAGGCGGAGUUGCUAUAUAAAGGCUGACUGAGACAUCAGCAGCACAGAGUGAAGAUGGGCGUCCAGGGCUUGGCUUCUUUCGUGGAAAAACACCCGAAGGUUUACCGUGAGGUCCAGUUCAACAGGAGCCGGCUGGUGAUUGACGGCUGCAACCUGAACUACCUGCUGUACUUUGGCUCAGGUCUGGACCAGAAUCAUGGUGGAGAGUAUGCCGCCUAUGAGAACCUGAUUGAGAGAUUCAUCACAGCUCUCAGAACCUGUGAAAUCUCUCCAUAUGUGGUUCUAGAUGGAGGUUCUGAUGUAACUGAUAAAAAGGUGGAGACAGUGGCGAAGAGGACUGAGGACCGGGUGAUAAGGGGACACAUAGCAGCAGUCAGUGGCAGACAGAUGAGCGUCCUCCCUCGAAUGGCGGACCUGGUCUUCAGACAAACAUUGGCCCGACUACAGGUUCCGGUGGCCCAGUGUUUUGAAGAGGCUGACCGGGAGAUAGCUGCCCUGGCAGCAGAAUGGCGGUGCCCGGUUCUGUCCAAUGACAGCGACUUCUACAUCUUUGACUUACCAGGUGGACUUUUGCCUUAUACUCAUUUCCAUUGGAAGAAGGUGAAACAGAGCGGUUCUCUGAGCUUCAUCUCCUGUAGGAGGUACUACUCCUCCAGCUUCUGCAUCUUCUUUGGACUCCAGCCUCAGCUCCUGCCUACCUUUGCUGCCUUGGCUGGUAACGACUAUGUGAAGCUGAAAGUGGUCAAAUGGGAUGACUUUGCCCCACCUGGCACAGAGACCCCCAGCCGUCUGGAGGGGCUGCUCUGCUGGUUGAAGAACUUUGAGGAGACCCAGGAAGCCUUUGAGGCAGCUCUGGUCCUGAUGGGAGUACUGAACGAGAACAAAAGGGAGGUCCUCCAAAGACUACAUCUAGGGAUGGAGGACUAUCAGCUGCGACCGAGCUCUCUGAACAGGUUCUUCCUUCAUGGAGUGCCGCCUGAGUUUCCAGCACUGGAUGAGGAAGCUGACCUUGUCCCAAAUUGGAUGCUGCUGCCUCUGACUCAAGCCCGGCUAUCUCCGCAUAUCCUGGAUGUGCUGCGGCUCCAUAAGAUGGGUCUUGGUUUUUCCAUUGAGGAUGAAACGCUGCCUAGCGCCAACCUGAUCUCCAGGCCAGUCCGACAGGUGCUGUAUGGGCUGCUGCUGGGCAGGAGGAAGCCCAACCUAGUGGACGAAAUCGACAGAGAUGGUCUGGAGGUGACAUCCAUAGAAGUCAAACCAAUAUUGACCAGAACCAGCAAGAAGCUUGUACUAAGCUCACUGCACAAGGCAGAGCUCUCAGACCGUCUGCAGGUCUUACUGGAAGCUCUGGAAGUGACUGAGGAGUCUCUGAGCCUUCUGCCACCUGAGCUGAAACUCCCAGCAGCCGUGACCUGCUACUGGCUGCAGAAAGCUCAGCCUACUCCAGACCGUACAAUGCUAAAGGCGCUGCUGCUGGGAAUGUGCAACAGGAGCACAUUAAAGUUCACAGCAGCUUUGCAUAAAAACAGCAGCAAACAGAGGAUGGACAUAAGUGCAGCUUACGUCUUCAACCAGUGGCAGGUGUCUCUGAAGCACAGCAUCCAUCUCAACCAGCUGCUGGGCUUCCCUCUGCCAGACCCACGUGUUGCAGAGUUGUACCAGGGGACGUUGGUCCACAAGCUGCUCCACAAGAUGAGGUCCGGUGAAAAACUGAAGCCCUUCCUGAAGAGUGACAAGUCCAGUGAGAAGAUGUACCGCUCCCUGCUCUCUGUGGUCCUCCAGCACCAGGCUCAGAACUUGGUGUUGGCCUCAGACGACCAUCAGAGAGUGACAGCCAGUCAGCAGCAGAGAUCGACGCAGCAGCAAAAGCAUUUUCUGAAGGACCUGAGCAUCGACAUGCAGCAGCUGUUCCUGCAGCACCAGGACGAGGAGACAGAAAAAGAAAUCAAGGCAGCCAUGGAGGUGCAGCAGGAGCUGCGACUGGAGGAGGAGCAGCUUCUGGUGAGAACCCGGUACAGAACCAAGGAGAGGAGCAACAGGUGUAGGAAUCCAGAACUGGCCCGUAAAGAGGACUGUCGGGGCUGGGACCUCCUCUGAUGGACACUACUUCCCUCUGAACGUUACUGAGAUCUUUUCCAGAACCUUUCACUCUGCUGAAGGUUGUACUAGGGGAUCGGAUGGGUUCUGAUGGAUUUAUUCCCCAUCAAGUGUGACUGAAUCGGACACCCGGGCUUGUAUUUGUAGUCUGAGUGGAUCUCUCAAGUAGCAACAAAGGGUUCCAUGCAGAAAGUUUGGGAAUUGAACCUUCUUGCUGCAAGGCAAGGAUUCAAGGAUUUACCUAACCUCACACUGAACCUGGUUCUGCUGGAGGUUUCUUCCUGUUCAAAGGGAGUUUUUCCUCUCCACUGUCGCUACAAGCAUGCUUAGUGUGAGGGAUUGCUGAAGAGUCAAUGAGUCGAUGCA